AUGGGCGCAGACACCGUAGUACUAGGGUGGGCUAUACUCAGCGUUGUCAUUGCUGUCGUCUACUGGAUUUGCUAUUGGAUCGCCUAUGGCUGUAAAUCGAAAAAACAAUUUCAGGAUGAAGAGCAAGGAGAUGUCGUGGUAAAUCGGGAGGAAAACUAUGAAAGCAUUUUCGUCAACCCCCCCGAACAGCCUAUACCGUCUUACACUUCAACUUCCCUUCGCGGAUCUCACGAUACUGAGCUUCCGCCUUACAAGCCUAUUGGUACUCCUCCGCCUUCCUAUAUCCCAGCAUACAAGGCGCUUCAACCAGAUUCAACGUAG